UACUACUUCAUUCCCACUAAUAGUUUGAUCGGAGAACUUGUAGUCAAAGUGCGUGAGCGGUUGUUUCACAUGAUCUGCUUCCUUAUCUUUCGAGUUCAGUAGAUUCUUCUCCCUGUUAGGAGUCGGAAGGCAUGAUGGCGUUCGGUAGAGCUCAGGCGAUUUUGAUGUUCGCCACCAUUUCUCUGCAUUCUGCCGUUGCGGGACUGCAAGAAACACCAGUUUCAGGAGCAGCAGAGGACGUCUUUUUGAUUUCGCCAAGGAGAUCUGCCAAUUCACCUGCUCGAAUCCUCGUGGAGAACACGUCCUUCGUCUUGGCCGCAGAGAGGACUCGAAGAAGAGAUCCUUUAAACGGAUUCAAACUCUACAAUGGUGGCUGGAACAUCAGCGAUCUGCACUACUGGGCCUCCGUCGGCUUCACUGCUGCUCCUCUCUUCGCCGUCGCCGCCGUCUGGUUCUUCGGCUUCGCUCUGGUCUUGUCUUUGAUUUGUUGCUGCUACUGCUGCUUCCCCCGACGCAGUUGUUCCUUCUCCCGCACAACUUGCGCUCUCGCCGUCGCACUUCUCAUCCUGUGCACUGCUGCCACAAUAGUCGGAUGCGUUGUUCUGUUCCAUGGACAGGAUAAGUUCCAUGGAACCACGUCGAACACCUUGGAUUUCGUCGAGGGCCAGUCGAACACCACCGUCUCCAACCUUAGGAGCUUCUCCACCAACCUGGCCGACGCUAAGAAGGUCGGGGUGGGUCAGAUCUCCCUUCCGGCCGACGAGCAGGCCGCGAUCGACGCAGUCGUGAAAAGUCUCAACGACGCCGCGGACGGCGUUUCCUCUCGCACAGCGGACAAUUCCAAGAGGAUACGAGACUACUUGGAUACUGUGCGUCUUGUGUUGAUCAUCCUCGUGGCUGCAGUGCUCCUUCUGGUUCUUCUCGGAUUAACAUUUUCGAUUCUUGGACUGCAAUUUCUCGUCUACAUAUUCGUCCUCGUUGGAUGGGUGCUGGUGGCAGCAACCUUCUUCUUGAGCGGCCUCUUCCUCCUCCUCCACAAUGCAGUGGCGGACACUUGCGUCUCGAUGGAUGAAUGGGCUCUUCACCCCCGCGAGCACACGGCCAUGGACGACAUCCUCCCUUGCGUGGACGUCGCCACCACUAACGCGUCUCUGAGGCGAAGCAGGGAGGUCACCUUUCAGCUGGUGAACGUCGUCAACCAGGUGAUCACCAACGUCUCCAACGCCGACUUCCCACCCAUGCUCAAGCCUCUCUACUACAACCAGUCCGGUCCCCUGUUGCCUCCUCUCUGCAACCCGUACGACCCAGACCUCGGCAGCCGCAACUGCACCACCGGAGAAUUAGGGUUCAACAACGUCUCUCAGGUAUGGCGCAGCUACGUGUGCCGAGUCACAGUGGUCAAUGGAUCCGACAUCUGCGCCACCGUCGGUCGCAUUACUCCCAAGAUCUACGCACAGAUGAUGGCAGCAGUGAACGUGAGCCACGGCCUGUACCAGUACGGGCCGUUCCUUGCAGGGCUAGCGGACUGCACCUUCGUGCGGCAGACCUUCCGGUCCAUCACCCUCGACCACUGCCCCGGCCUGGGGCGUUACAGCAAACAGGUCUUCAUCGGCUUGGCCAUGGCCUCAGCGGCGGUGAUGCUGUCUAUGGUUCUCUGGGUCAUCUACGCCCGCGCGAGGUGGCAUCGCAAGCGUAACAAGCAGCUUCUGGCUCGAUCCGACCACGAACAACUGCACCUGCAAGAGAAAUAUCUACUGGGAACUCCGAGAUCAGGAAGAUGACGCUGUUCUUCCUGUGAUGUCUCGGUCAAACAGAAGAUAUUGACUCUUUUCUUCCACUAGUAUUGCUUUGUAUGUUGUUUAUUGUAAGUACAGCUGCCUGUAUCAAUGACCGGUUAGAUCUUUGUGAGAAUGGGUCAGUCU